UUAGCCGGGACCCGUCGGCCGGUGCCCGCGGCAGCCCCCAAGACAGCCCCUGCUCCCACCGGCGGGGGGGAGAAGAAGCGAGCGCCCUGGGACCUGAAGGGGCAGGUCAGCGACCUCCGCGCCCGUGUGGGCUCCUAUAAGGAGAAGGUGCAGGGCCUGUCGGGGGAUAACGAGAGCCUGAGGCAGCAGCUGGGCGGGCUGCAGGCCGAGCUCAGGCAAGCCGUGGCCCAGAAGGACGAGCUGAGCAGCCGGGCCAGUAAGCUGGCCGCCGAACUGCAGCUGUGCCAAGAGGAGGCCCACGGCCGUCUGCAGAAGGUGCUGGCCCUGCAGGAGAAGGAGCGGCAGCUGGAGGAGACGCUGUGCAGCCAGGCCCACGACAUCGGGGAGCUCCGGGGGGCCAACCGGGCCAUGGAGGAGAGCGGCAGGGAGUUGGCUGCCCGGCUGGAUGUGCAGGAGCGCGAGCUGCAUCUGGCGGAGGAGAGCCUGGCCAGGCAAGGGCAGGAGAACGAGGCGCUGCGGGCCCGGGUGGAGCUGCUGGAGCAGAAGCUGCACGAGUCGGAGAUGGAGCGCCGGCUGCUGCACAACACGGUCCAGGAGCUGAAGGGCAACAUCCGCGUCUUCUGCCGCGUCCGACCUCUGCUGGCCGACGAGCAGGCAGCUCAGAAGGGGAUGGGCCACCUGAGCUUCCCGGCUGAGGACAACAGGAGCCUCGUGCUCUCCAAGGAGGAGGACUCCCACGUUGGCCGGGAGCGCAAGGACGACAUCACCUACGAGUUCCACUUCGACCGGGUCUUCCCUCCCUCCAGCUCCCAGGGGGACGUCUUCGAGGAGAUCUCCCUGCUCGUGCAGUCCGCCCUGGAUGGUUACCACGUGUGCAUCUUCGCCUACGGGCAGACGGGGAGUGGAAAGACGUACACCAUGGAGGGCCCCGACGACCUCAGCCCAGACACCAUGGGCAUGAUCCCCCGGGCCGUGCAGCAGAUCUUCAAGACCUCCCACGAGAUGGCGGCCAAGGGCUGGAAGUACCAGUUUACUGCCAACUUCCUGGAGAUCUACAACGAGUCGCUGCGGGACCUGCUGGUGUCGCGGCCCGAGCUGAGCCCCGAGCUGGAGAUCCGGCGGGUGAGCCAGCACACCGAGGAGCUCCACGUCCCCCAUCUGUGCUACGUGCCGGUCGCUUCGGAGCAGGAGGUGCUGAAGCUGCUGCGGACGGCCAAAGCCCAGCGCUCCGUGGCCAAGACGAGCCUCAAUGAGCGCUCCUCCCGCAGCCACAGCCUCUUCCAGCUCCGCAUCGAGGGCCAGAACGCCAACCGGGAGCUCCACACUUCCUCUGUGCUGAGCUUGGUGGACCUGGCCGGCAGCGAGCGCCUGGAUAAGUCGCUCUCAAAGGGGGAUCGCCUCCGAGAGACGCAGGCCAUCAACAGCAGCCUCUCCAACCUGGGUCUGGUCAUCACGGCCCUCAGCAACAAGGAGGCCCACAUCCCCUACCGCAACAGCAAGCUGACCUACCUUCUCCAGAACUCGCUGGGGGGCAACUCUAAGAUGCUCAUGUUCGUGAACAUCUCUCCCUUGGAGGAGAACUUCGGAGAGUCCCUCAACUCCCUCCGCUUUGCCCGAAAGGUGAACGAGUGUGUGGUUGGCACGGCGUCCGCCCACCGGAAGUGAGGGGGCCGCUCGUGGAGCAGAGGCGCCUCGUGGAGCUCGGCAGCAUCUCUCUGACUCUCUUCUUCGUUAGUGUUGAUACUCCUUAUAUGUGCUGUUUUCUAAUCGAUGUUUGUACGGAAGUUUUUCAAUAAAUUUUUGUGUGUGA